AUGCCGUCAUCAAUAAAAUUAGUAAAUCAUUCAUUUAUUUUUAAAUAUAAAUCAUUAAAUAAAUUAUUUGGUUCAUGUCAAUGUCAUUUAUCAGUAUAUAUGAAAUGUAUUAUUUGUAUAUUAAUAUUAUAUUAUUUAAAUAUAUUAAUUGGUUUUAAUAGUUCAAUAUGGUCUGAAAAAUCAUUUGAAAAUGAAUAUUAUUUACGAAUGAUACAUAUCGAUGUAACUAAAAUUGAAGAAAAUGUUGAACAAGUAUUAGGUUUACCAAUAAAUAUUCUUCCAAAUAAAUUUUUAAUUAAAAAUGAAUAUUUAUGUGGUCGUUCACUUGAUCCUGAAACACUUAUUCAUCCACAUUUAAUUAUUUUAGUUAAAUCAAAUUGUGAAAAUUUUCAAGAACGACAAGCUAUUCGAAUGACAUGGGCACAAAAAAAUCGUUUAUUAAAAACAAAUAUUCAAUUAGCAUUUGUUUUAGGUACAAAUGCUCAUAAUACAAGUGUUGAAGAUGAAUCAGCAAAAUAUGGAGAUAUAAUUCAAAUUGAUAAAAUCGAUUAUUAUUAUUAUAGUUCAUAUAAAAUGAUAAUGAUGCUUCGUUGGAUAAAUGAUUAUUGUACAUCAAAAUCUCGUCGAGCACCACAUAUAGAUCUUCGAAAAUAUGUUCUUUUUGUUGAUGAUGAUUAUUAUGUUGAUUUAGAUUCAUUAUUAUUAUAUAUAUAUAGUAUUGAUGAAGAUAAAGAAAUGACAACUUAUGAACGACGAACAUUUUUAACAGGUGAAUUAAAUGAAAAAUCUCGUCCUCGAAGAUUUAUAAAUGAUCGUUGGUAUGUAUCAAUUAAUGAUUAUCCAUAUGAUAUGUAUCCUAAUUAUAUAUCAACCGGAUGUUUUUUAAUGACACGUUAUAAUGCACGUUUAUAUUAUAUCGCAUCAAAAUAUAUUCGUUUAUUUUAUUUUGAUCAUGUUUAUAUGGGACUUUUAUCGUAUUCAAUGUCAACUAAUUUAAUUGCAAAUAAUCAACUUUUUUCAACAUCUUUAUCAUUAAAUCAUAAAUUGAAUAAUAAUCAAUUGAGAUUUUUACAUCAAUGGAAAUCUAUAUUUAAUAAUCAAAUUUAUUUUAAUUCAACAAAAAACCCAAUUUGUUUUCGAGGAUAUCGUACUCAAAAAUUAAUUGAUAUUUGGAAUCAAAUUCAUCAAACUAAUCUUACUUUUACAUUUGACUCAUCUAUUAAAUAA